ACGAGCCGACAAUCCUAUCUUGAUGUGGAGCAGUCUGCAAUCCAUUUUUAUUAUUCUGGUGGAGAGCGUGUUGAUUUGCGGCGCUUGAAAUGGCUUGUAUGUCGAGCUGUACAGGAAUAGGAACUCUCACCAAGCUUAAUGCACCGGACCACACUUCUUCCCAUUGCAUUCGUGACAACUAUCGCACGAAUUCUCAUGUUAUACAAUUUGGGUUGAGGCAUGGUCAGCAAUUCCGGUGUCGGAGGGGUGCACUUCGUGUGAAAAGUUUAUUUGGCGGAAAAAAGGAAAGUAAUGAGAAUCCUGAUGAGGCAGCCAAGAAGGCAGGCUUAUUUGGAAAUGUGCAAGGUCUUUAUGAAACUGUGAAAAAAGCUCAGAUGGUUGUUCAAGUAGAGGCAGUUCGUGUACAGAAGGAGCUUGCUGCUGCUGAAUUUGAUGGCUACUGUGAAGGCGAGUUAAUAAAGGUCACUCUUUCUGGUAAUCAACAACCUGUACGCACAGAGAUUACAGAAGCUGCAAUGGAGUUGGGAGCUGAGAAACUUUCUGAUUUGGUUACAGAAGCAUACAAGGAUGCACAUCAAAAGAGUGUUCAGUUCACUGGCUGAUGGCUGAUGGCUGAUGGCUGAUUUCCUGUUUGUGUCAGGCCAUGAAAGAAAGAAUGAAAAAUCUUGCGCAGAGCCUUGGUAUGCCCCCUGGGCUUGGAAUUGGGGAUGGGCCAAGCUAAUCUGUUCUAGACUCAUAGUUAAUAUCUUUGGAGACCGGUUAGACUCAAUUUUGUAUAUGAUGGAGGAUGAAAACAUUGCUUCUAGUUCUUUAUUAGCACAGCGGCAAUUCAAUGUGGGGAUGCUUUUUAUUCUCAUAGGCGACGAGGAGGAAGAAUUCAUUCUUUGUAUCUGUUUUAAUAAUAAAAUAUCCAGUGUUUUAUUAGCACAAAUGAAGUCAAAAUAUUAUCGGAUGUUACCUUUUAACAAAGAAAAUUUGGCUAAUUUCUUACAAUGCUUGAAUAUGUCAACUGGACUUUCUUCAA